CGUCGUCCACAUAGAUCUGUUUCUAUGGUAAUCAAAUUUUGCAUUUUGUUUCCAGACUACUGGCCCCGUUUCAUGAUCCAGCUGAACUUCAAAUCGCAACUGACAUAUGAGGUUGUCCAUGAUUUGUUGGUGUGGUGGCUUCUUAUAGCAGCAGUUUGCACACUUUAGCUGAAGAUGGACCUACCUGUCGGAGGGAUAAAUGCCCUUGCUGAGCUUCUGAAACCUUCCGACCAAGGAGAGAGUGAUGAUGAUGACAAGCCAGUAACAGCUUCAGCUAAACUAGGUCCGGGAGCAAUUGGUCAAACUGCCAAGACUCAAGCUGCACCAAAACAACCUCCGAAGAAGGAGACCAAAGAUAUCUGGGAUGCAGAGGAGGUGUCAGAAGGAGCAGAAUAUGAGGACAUUGAUGACCCUCGGCUUCAACCAGAAUAUGACAUCAUUUUCAAGCAAGCAGUAACAACAGAGGAUAUGUUCCUACAGAUGAGCAACAAGACACCUAGUUCUGUCAGCUGUGAAGACAUGGUGAUAAAAAUAAUUUUGCCCAACACAAAGAUGGCUGAUGUCGAUCUGGAUCUUAAAGACAAAUUUCUCAGCUGUAGAACACCAAAAUACAAGCUUGGCCUUCACUUACCACAUCCUGUGGACAGCAAGAACGGGAAAGCGCAGUGGAUCAGUGACAAAGAGACGCUUGUGGUGACAUGCAGGAUGGUGCGAGAGUAUGACUUCCUUACCACCUGACCAAGAGAGGGUGCCCUCUUAAGAUUGAUGGAGGGUGCACAGUCAGUGUUUUGAUGUUUGAAUCUGACGGAACACAGUUCAGUCUUCCUCUCUACAGAGUGUGGUUUGAAUAACUACGAUGGCAGGGUAUCCUCUUGCUGUCCAAUUUUCAGUCUGGUCACCCUUUUUUAAUUUUCAUAAAUUACGGACCAAGCAUGUUUGAAGACGUGAAGAACUCCGCAUAACAUAAUCUGAAUUCUGCCCCAUCGUGUCACAAGUCAAGGAAGGGU